GUACAGCGGCGGAAACGUAGAAAAUCGUUAGAAUCCUUUGAACCAAACAAACUUUCCCCAUCACCACAUAAAACCGGGCAGCAGCAGCUGUCCUGGAAAAACAACGAACAAUUCCGAAAAGAAGCUAUGAAUGUCGUCUGGCGAGUUCUGUUCUACAUCGGAGUCCUAUGGCGAUUUCACGAAUGUGAGCAAUUAGCCACCAAAAAGUGCCCGUCCCGGUGCAUUUGCCUGUCGCAGACUGAGGUCAUGUGCAACAGUGGCGAACUGCGGGAAAUUCCACUCACCCACAUGCCGUUCACGGUGGAAACGCUGUCACUGCAGAAGAACAUCUUUCUGGUAAUUAAAAGCGACGCAUUUGUAGGACUGAAAGCCCUACAUAAACUGUCGCUCGAUAGGAACAAUAUCACCACGAUCAAACCGUUUGCCUUCCGGGGGCUUCCUCGGUUGCGACACCUCUCCAUUCAGCACACCCCACUGGCAACGGUGGCAUCGUUCGCGUUCGCCGGGCUGCAGAACGUAUCGGAAAUAACGCUGCAGCACAACAAGAUUCUGCGAAUCGAAGCCUACGCCUUUGCCGGCUCGGCCGGGAUCCGGUGGCUCAAUUUGGCUGACAAUCCCACGAUAGUGGUCGAGAAGAAUGCAUUCUCCAACCUGGUAUCGGUGGAACGACUGGUGUUGCCAUCGGGGAUUCGGAACAUUUCGCAGGAUGCGUUCAGCGCACUGGAUAUGGUCGGCUAUCUAAAACUCUCCUUCAUGGACCUAACGGAGGUGAGUGCAUACACCUUCCGCGGCCUGACCAACGUGAAGAUCCUGUCGCUGCAGGAAUCCGACCUCGGAGUCAUCAGUGCCAACGCAUUCGACGGGCUGGAGCACGUCGACACGCUCAACAUCCUAAACAACAAGAUAGAUGCCAUCCAAGAGCUAAACAUCACGUACGCCAAUCACAUCAAAACGCUCCGGCUGCAGGGCAAUCAUCUACUGGAGACACCGGAACCGGGCAGCAUCACCCUGGAAGGGCUCAGCCAACUGCACGUGGUAGGUAACUAUUUCCCCUGCGGUUGCCACAUUCACACCCUGCUGGAGAGCCCAGUGGCGAACGGGACCUACGGCAAUGGAGAGGAUUUCCUCUCGAAAAACUACUGCAUCUCGCCACUCGAGGUCAACGGCCUGCAGAUGAGCCAGAUCGAUAUCUUCGCCAUCGGCCGGUGCCACGAGCAGGUGACGCGUGAAAACCUGGAAGCGUCCGGAGCGGCCACUCGGCAGCACUAUUUGGCCGUUCUUCUGGGCGGCCGAGGACGACGCCCGGAAAGCAGCGCCAGUGGGAAUUGCUGCAGCAGCAAUAGUAACAGCAGUAGCAGUAGUUGGUGCGGCUGGUGGUGGAAUAGAAUCAAUUAUUCAACCGUCGCACUGCUGCACCUGUAUUACGCUUUGGCACUGUUAGCUUAUUUUAAAUAUUUCAGACUGAAAAUCAGUUGA